UUUACAGUCAUGCAUAGGAUAUCCAGAUAUACGUUAAUUGUGCAUGUUUGCGCUGUAUGAAAUAUCAAUUUAAUUGUAAACUGUGCGUCUUUGUACAAAAUGGAUAUAUUCAUAUAUAUCAUUCUUGCAUUGCUGGGUUUGAUAUAUUUGUUUAAAGCAAAGAAAUCGAAAGGGAAAACCAUUCCUGGACCGUCGGGAUGGCCUUUGCUCGGCAAUGCUUUGGAGAUUACGGAGCAAAACAUGCCUCAGAAAUGUUUCGAAUAUGCGAAAAAAUAUGGACCAAUUGUUCAGCUAAAGCUUUUUAAUACGAAUGUAGUUUUACUAAAUUCUACGGAAAUGCUCCAAAAAGCAAUGAAUGGUGAUCCAUAUAAACAGUUUUUCAACGAUCGACCUGGAUAUUUCUAUGGAGAACAUUUUCUUUUUGGUGGUCAGGGCGUUGUCGUGUAUAAGGAAGGGUACGGAGGCGUCCAUAGCGACUUGCGGAAGUUGCUAACGAAAGGGUUGCAUGUGUACGGAGAUGGUAUCAAAGACUUUGAGGAUUUAAUUACAAAUGAGCUUCGAAACCUCGUCAAGAAAAUUGAAAAAUUGGAAAACAAAGAAUUUGAAUUUAUCAACACAAUUAAAAUGUCGUUAUCAAACUUAUUAUCCAUCUUGCUCAUAGGUGAGUCCCUAGACGAAGAUGAUGACGAUAUAAACCUGUUCUGGGAAUUCGACAAGUUGGUUAUAUUUAUGUACACUGCCAAACCUAAUGCCGUGUAUUCUAAGUUUCCAUUCAUCCGGUAUCUACCUGGAUUGUAUAAAGAGCAAUACCAAAAGAUGGUUAAGACCAGGCGAAGACUUAUUGACAGAUACUACACAAAGGUGAAGGAGAACCACAAACCGGGCAAUACACGUGGUCUGGUACAUGUUCUCCUGGAAGAAAGGAAUAAAGAACUGGAUAAUGCAUCUGACAACGUAAUUCUCACGGAAGAGAGACUGAUAUCAAUCGUUCUAGAAAUGGUUGCAGCAGGCCUUGUGACUACUAUGUGCUCUUUAAGCAGUAUGAUGUUGUGCUUAAUGAGUCACCCAGAGUGUCAAGAGAGGGUACAGAAGGAGAUAGAUGACGUCAUAGGCAAAGAUCGUCUGCCGACGGUAGAUGACAGAAUAAAUUGCAAUUACAUGGAGGCAGUUGCGAUGGAAGUACAACGACUGAUCACAAUUAUCCCUCUUAGCGCACCUCAUAUUUGUCGCCCUAACUUGCAGUUCGAGGGUUAUGACAUUCCAGCAAAUUCACUGGUUUUGCCAAAUUUGAACUUCAUUCACCACGACGAAAAGAUAUGGGGUUCAGAUGCCUGGGAAUUUAAACCGGAAAGGUUCCUUGAUGAAAACGGUGAAAUGAUACCAAGAACCCAUGUUUACAGACGCAAUUGGGUUCCUUUCAGUACUGGGCGACGGCAGUGUUUGGGAGAUACUUUCUCCCGAACUCGGCUUUUCCUGUACACUGCCACAUUAUUUCAGCGAUGGACUUUCACACCAUCUCCAGGAAAAUAUGGCUCAUGUGACACGAGGUCAGGAGAUUUUGAAAUAAAUGUGGCAACCCUACCGAAAGAGUUUUACUGCAGAGUUGAAAAGAGAGUGUAAUUAAUGUAGACACUGAAUCCGAACAUACGUUCAUUUCUUAGAUAAAAGACAGAGUUAAAAGUAACAUAUACAGCUCACAUAUAAUAUCGUUUUAAAAGACAUGAUAAGAGUUUGUUUUUAUCAGAUGUGUAACAGACUUUAGCUUGCACUUAUCCAAAUAUUCAGUUCUGAAAUAUUUUGUUGGUAUAUACUUGUAGUCAUGUUAUUUGAAAUGAUAUUAUGUAUUAUUAUUUUCUAAGUAGUUUAAUACCCAUAUCCCUUUCUCUAUACCAUCCGUUUUUGUAUCUUACAUAUAACUAACAUGUACUGGUUAAAAUUUUGAAGCAACCCGUUCGCUAUACUUUUCUCUACAGUUUCUACUGCGGCCCUCGGCGAUGUUUGGCAAAAACGAUGUUUCCUGUGUGCUCUGCUUCCAGGAUAUCUACGCUACCUUUUGAAUAUUUUCAAUAUGUCAGUAUAAUUAUGUAAAUGCAAUAGACGUAAUCAUAUUACACUAGUAGGAACAAAAUCAACCUUAUUAAUAAAGUGUAACUUGACUUGGCUCUAGAUUUAAGUAAGUGGGUUAGAAAUUAAGAAAGUCCUGUAAUUUGUUAGUGACAGUAUAGGAUUAUUAUGAUACUAGCUUGAUCUUGGAUACUUUAUCGGCUGGAGUGGAUUUUGCCAGAUCGAAUCACUAGAGUCGUCCAAGCGCUGAUUGAAAUUCGACCUUGCAAAAUCCAAAACUCAAAAUUUUCAUUGUUUAUUUAUGUUAAAGUAGAACUGCGUGUAGUUUCGUGUGCGCGUAUUACAGAAGCAUAAAUGAAAAUAGUCAGGCAACACACAAUGCAAUAGGUACAAUAAGGAUUUUUUUCUGCCUGUUCGUAUUUAUUUGUGGAAUACAAGCCGUAUUUUUGACAGACUUGAUAUGGGUAUAAAAUAGAAAGUGAAAGCAAUAUGUUGAAAGUAAUUUGGGGUAGUAUAUAUUCAUCAAAACAUUCGUGCUGUAGGUAAAUUAUAUGGAAAUCAUAUCUACCGCGUUUUUUCACGCAGUAAAACGUAACAUAACAUUGAAGAUUUUUGCUAUCUCUCUUAGAUGUGUUUGAUCUUGAACAUCAGGAAAUGCUUAAUCCUACACAAAUUUUAUCAUUCAAUUGUUUGAUUUUCAUGUCUAUUAACCCUUACCCUGCUAAAUUUCUAAAAUGGACUGGCUCAUCAUUCAAUUUGGGCAAUAUCAUUUAUUAUUCAAAGGGGUGUUCACUGAAAAUUUACUGACUAUAUAUAGCGAUCUUGGUCUGCACUGGUCGCAAAGGUAAAACAGGCUAAAGGUUAAUCAUAUCUCGCGUUAUGAAAUUAUUUUAACCAGUCUCCAUGUUCAUGGGUCAUAUCUUUAUAACCUUAUAUGUAUUAUCAAUUUUCAUCUUCUUAAGUCAUACUGAAAUAACAUUUCUUUUUUAAGCGUGUUUGCGCUAUGAUACUUUUUAAAAUUAACCAGUUUUCAUGUUCAUCAGUCAUAUUGAAAUAACAUUUUAUUUUUUUUUUAGCGUUUUUGUGCUUUGAUGUUCUUUUAUAUUAACCAGUUUUCAUGUCCAUCAAUCAUAUUGAAAUAACAUUUUAUUUUGUAGCGUAAUUGCGCUACGUUUUUUAUAUUAACCAGCUUAUUGAAAUAACGUGAUUUUUAGCGUGUUUGUGCUAUGAUUUUUUUUAUAUUAGCCAGUUAUAUAUCCAUAAGUUAUAUUGAAAUAACAUUUUAUUUCUUUAGCGUGUUUGUACUAUUAUUUGUUUUCGUAUUAACCAGUUUCAUGUUCAUCAACUAUAUUUAUCGUAUAUUAUAGGGUAGUCACGUUGUGUAAUUUUAUGUUUACCAGGCUGAACUAAAUCCAGCUAUUCUUUAUUUCAUAUGAAAUCCACUUACUUUAUAACGGUUUUUCGACAUUUUCUAGCAUAUCAGAUUUUCAGAGACUUAUAUUCCCCUAAAGAACUAGAUCUCUACUUUAGAAAAACAAAAAGAAAAGGGGAUGUUAACUUUUAUAUAAGAAAACUACAGUUCGUUAAAUACAACCUGCUGAAUUUACUACUUUUCGCUUCUUUCAAUUUCUCUUUUCGGGACAUUAAAUUCUUACACCGCCAUUUUUACCUAGCAUGCGAUAGGAACAUCUAUUUGGUAGUGAUCAGCCUACCAACGGAUCGGCAAUGGGUAAUAUAUUAUGAAAACUUGUUAUGUUGAAAAUGUUAUGACGUUGUUAUUUUUCUCUCCAAGCGUAACUUUUUGUGUUACAUUUAGGUUGAUAAAGAAAUUUUGAGAAAAGGAAGUUUGGUAAAAAUCUAGAUGAAUAUAGCCAAUGUCUGCUAUCUGCGGAACGCUAUAGCACCAAGUAUGUAUACGGACACUAAUUAGGGAAGUGUUGCGAAACGAAAAUUAAAUGGUAUCACGAAAUGUUAUAGUUGACGCAAUUUGACCCCGAAGGUUGACCUUUGCAUUAUAAUACAUAAUGAGGCACAACCUAUUGUUGAAAAGGAGUGUACGCAAAGCACGAGCUGCACGGGAAAAAUGAAAUAUAAAUUAGCGUACAUAUAAAUUAGUGUAUUGGAACGUUUUAACUAAUCAAAUGUAAGUAUAUAUACUUUGAUACUGCAAUAUAUACAAACUAAUUCCAUAUAAAUAUACACGGCUACCCUAAGCACCCUUGAUUUCUAUAAUCAAAUAAUCGAUAUGAAUAAUCAGCCUAAGGUCAACCAUCGCGGUCAAGUUGCGACUACUAUACAGCUGUAAAAAAUUUCCGUCAUGAUUAUUUCAAAUUUACAACUGUAGAAUAUAAUAACACUAAUUUUACAGUUGUAUAUUUCAAUUUGCAGCUGUAAAGCGACUGUAAAACAGUUUGAAUUAUGCAAUUAGAUACAACUGUAAAAACAACUUACAGCUAUAAAAAUGAAAUAAAAGUUACAAAUACAUGUAUGCCUAAAAGUUACAUCACUAGAAAUGUUACACUAUAUCAUUCUUGCAUUGCUGGGUUUGAUAUAUUUGUUUAAAGUAAAGAAAUCGAAAGGGAAAACCAUUCCUGGACCGUCGGGAUGGCCUUUGCUCGGCAAUGCUUUGGAGAUUAUGGAGAAAAACAUGCCUCAGAAAUGUUUCGAAUAUGCAAAGAAAUUGAACCAAUUGUUCAGCUAAAGCUUUUUAAUACGAAUGUAGUUUUACUAAAUUCUACGGAAAUGCUCCAAAAAGCAAUGAAUGGUGAUCCAUAUAAACAGUUUUUCAACGAUCGACCUGGAUAUUUCUAUGGGGAACAUUUUCUCUUUGGUGGUCAGGGAGUUGUCGUGUAUAAGAAAGGGUACGGAGGCGUCCAUAGCGACUUGCGGAAGUUGCUAACGAAAGGAUUGCAUAUGUACGGAGAUGGUAUCAAAGACUUUGAGGAUUUGAUUAUAAGUGAGCUUCGAAACCUCGUCAAGAAAAUUGAAAAAUUG